AUGCCACAACGAGCCCAUAAGAAGUCUCGGAACGGGUGUCUCGAGUGUAAGCGGCGCCAUGUCAGGUGUGACGAGAGGCAGCCCAUCUGCUCGAAUUGCGCCACCGCCGAGCGAGUCUGCGGAUACGGAACCCGCUCCCUGACAGCAGCCCCGCGGUCCAUCUUACCAGGAUCUAGAGCCCAGUUGGCCUUAACAAGACCAGAGAGCCCUGCAGGCGAUCACUCCCCGGCGCCCCCAGCCAUUCCCAAUCAGCCCGUGAACAUGCUCCACAUCGAACUCUUCCACAACCUCUACACGCACAUCCGCACCACCUUUGACCCAAACAGAUCCAUCCCCUGGCUAGCAGAUGACAUGGACCCGUCAAUGAUGACACCGUAUCUAGUCAACGAGCUCCUCGCGUUCAGCGCACUGCACCUCAGCAUAAAAUGCCCAAACCAACAGGCGUACUUCCGCUACCACGCCGCCGAGCUGCAAACCAACGCUUUAUCCAUCUUCAAAGAAUCCGCGCCCCAAGUCACGCGCGAAAGCUGCAUCCCCCUCUUCAUAUUCGCCGCCACACUGGGCAUCCACAUGCUCUGCGACACCCUUAUCUACCGCCAAGGCGACCUGCCCGACUUCCUCGCCCGCUUCGUCCACUUCUUCCGCGUCUACCACGGCGUCCGCACCAUCGUCAACAAAGCCUGGCACAUGAUUCAGGACACGCCACUCGGCCCAUCCUUCGCGAUGGGGAAGGACCUGUACGCAUUCACCGGCUGCCUCGGGCACACCUGCCAGUCGUUACUUGACAGGAUCGACCGCGCGAAUCUCGGCGAGCAUGUCACCGGGAUCUAUAGACAGGCGGUUGAGGGGCUGCAGUCAUGCGCGACAGUCAUUGAGAAAUGGGACGAGCGGCAUGUGGGUAUCAACGCCGUGACGACGUGGCCGAUCUUGAUGGACAUUGAGUUUGGGGAGUUCCUCGAGCAGAGACGGCCCGAGGCGUUGGUUAUCCUUGCGCAUUAUGCGUGCCUGCUGCAUCGGUUUAGGAAUUUCUGGCUGUUUGGGGACUCGGGAGCGUUUGUUAUACGUGAGGUUACGGGGUAUUUGGGGCCGGAGUGGGAGGAUUGGAUGGUGUGGCCGAAUCAGGUUCUGGGGUCUUCAGCUUAUGUCCAUUCACUGUAG